GGGCCGGCGGCUGAGGCUAAGCGGGGCUGCGGUUGCUGCUGCCGUCUCCGCUUCUUGCAGGCUGCCGGGCACAAGCACCAGAGCCCCGCAAACGCUCCCGCAACUUGCAAGUUGCACACGUGCCUCCCGCCCCGGAAAGUUGCCCCGCAGCCGGCGGGGCAAACCGGCGUUGGGCCGCUGCUGCUCCGCCCGCCGUCACUGCCAGGAGCAGGAGGAGGAGAAGGAGGAGAGCCACCGACGAGGACCAGAUCUGUAGGAAGGAGUUCGGCAUCCUCUGAGCCAAGGAAAAGAGGAGCUACAUACUCAAGCCUACGACUGCCAGCUCCAGGAGGACAAGCUUGACCAAGAAAAUCUGGGCCCUCCAGAUCCUAAGGACCCAGGAACCAGCCUUCUUGUAAAACCCUAAACACUGCCCAGGCUGACCACCAUGGAGGGGGAUUGUCUGAGCUGCAUGAAGUAUCUGAUGUUUGUUUUCAAUUUCUUCAUAUUUCUUGGUGGCGCCUGCCUGCUGGGAGUCGGGAUUUGGGUCAUCGUCGACCCGACGGGAUUUCGAGAGAUCGUGGCCGUCAACCCCCUCCUCUUCACGGGUGCCUACAUCCUGCUGGCCAUGGGGGUCGUGCUCUUCUUGCUGGGCUUCCUGGGCUGCUGUGGAGCCAUUCGGGAGAACAAGUGUCUGCUUCUCUUCUUCUUCAUGUUUAUUUUGUUGAUCUUCCUGGCGGAACUCUCAGCAGCAAUCCUGGCUUUCCUCUUCAGAGAAAACCUAACCAGAGAAUUCUUCACCAAGGAACUCACAAAGCACUACAAGGGGAACAAUGACAGUGACAUCUUCUCCUCCACCUGGAAUUCCGUCAUGAUCACAUUUGGCUGUUGUGGGGUCAAUGGGCCUGAAGACUUUAAAGCAGCUCCAGUUUUCCGGUUCCUGAACUUCAACGAAGAGGUCCCGGAAGCCUGCUGCCGAAGAGAACCCCAGACGAGGGAGGGGGAUUUUGUCAGCAAGGAGGAGUGUCUCCUGGGAAGAGACCCAUUCCUGAACAAACAGGGCUGUUACACUGUGAUCCUUAACUCCUUCGAGACCUACGUGUACCUGGCAGGAGCCCUUGCUAUCGGGGUGCUGACCAUUGAGCUGUUCGCCAUGAUCUUCGCCAUGUGCCUGUUCCGGGGAAUCCAGUAGUGACACUCACCCAGCCCCCUAACCCUGCCUGGCCCAGAAGAAAGAAGUAGGUGAGGGAGCAGAACCAGGGGGAAAGAACUAUUUUUUUAACAAAAUGAAAUGAAAAAAAAAGUAAGGUUGUAUUAUAUGACUGGCCUGGAGGAUCGUGCUGCAGGGGCUGGAACUCUGACAUGCUGAACACCAGAGACUGUAUUCUUUCCACGGGCGUCUCCCUGCAGGGACCGGGGGCAAGAGGAAAGCUCCGAUUGCACUAGAGACCAAAGGGGCUGGGGUGGGGAGGGGGCCGGAGAAGCAAGCCCCUCCAGUUUGAUCACAAUCGGGGCUGCCCAACUCCAGGACCAGCAUCCUUUGGGGACCUUCUCCCCAUCUGACCGGGACCUUCCAGAGGAGGCAGGAAUGUGGAUCAAGGACACAGAGACAGGAAGCGAUGGACCCAGCUGUGAGCAAGCAACAUGGAGGCCUGCUGCUGAGUAGAGAGGAAAACGAGAGCUGGUGGGGAGGUGAGUGGAAGAUGUGGAAGCAUCUGGUCCUGGGAAUCUCUCAGCCACUUCCUCCCAAUUGCUCUCCCUGCAGAGGGCUGGAACCUCCAGGAGCUGUGGGCAGUGGGAGGGACCUCAAGAGAACAAGAGGAGCUACGUCUGGAAAGAGGAGAGGAGACGAGCCCACUCACUGCCAUAAUGCUUUCCCUUGAGAAAGGGGCCUGCCUGCCUGCUUGCCCUGGGUUAGUAGUGAUUGCCUUUCUGCCUGAAACCCUGUGGUUCCUACAAUGCCUCAUUUCUCAUUUGGAUUUUGCCCAGAGCAAACGGAGACCCUGAUUAGAGUGGGAGUAGAAGUCUGUUUGCCUAGCUUUCCCAAGGGGCCCCGCUCACUCCCCAGUGAGGAUGGGAGGAAGAGUGUGGAAGAACUAUCUCUGUUGGGACCCUGAAAUGUGCCCUACUACUCCCCAGACACACACACAUGCACACACACACAAAUCCACCCACACACACCCAACUACACUCUCCCAAGACCUUGGGAGGACUCUGUUUUCUGUAAAAUCCCAAUGGCUUAAUUCCAUGCGUCAGGUUCCAAUGUUCCCUUGUGCCUUCCAGCCAUCUGGACGAGUCAGAUGCAUGGCACCAGUAACAGAGGGACCCAUCUGCCUUUGACAAAGACAAGCAGGGUGGGUGGCAUUCCGCCUGAAGAGCUCGGUUCCUGUUGGGGGCAGGGCCCUGCCCACCUUCUCGCUGUCCCCUGUCCAGAAUGAUCAGAAGGGCCAGGGAGGAGGAGGGAGCCCAAAAGAGUGAGUUUGUUUGGUGUUAGAUGUGAAAACGUGUGUACAGCCAAGCCAAUUGAGGCCGUUCUGGAGGGUGCUGGGAGUGAAGUUCUGAACAGCCCAGGGACAGGACAUUUAACAGGGCCCUGGGAUGGGACUCAGGUUGCAGCAGCAGCACUUCCUUCCCAGGAAAGAUGUCCAGGCAAGCUGUGAAAUGGUGACAACCGGCCGGUGGGGCCAUUCUGGAGCAUUUGCACAUGAAUGGUCCAGUCUAUGAUCUGCACAAACAGUUUAUGCCCCCGGCCUGCUGCCAUGAGCUCAGAAACCCUGUUGGUUGAAGGGGUAGUGGUAGGAAGGAGGGAGGUGGGAAAGCGGCAGAGAAGCUGGGUCCUAGGCAUGGGGAGAUUCAAUCCUGAUCCUCCCUUUGCUGACCAUCACUUGCUUCAGCAGAACUCCUCUGCUUCAACAUCAGUGCCCAUACUCUCCUGCUCUCUGCUCCUUCCUCUCCCCAGGACAGAACUAGUCCCGUCCUGUAAACUCUAGUCCCAUCCUGUAAGCUCCCUUUUGAGCCCUGAGUUUUGCCCGAUGGACAAGAGAGGCAUCUCAGGUGGGGAGAAGGGAGCUGUUAGCCUUAGAACUCCCCAUCCCAUUGCCAGGGUGCCUGCUUGGGAGUAUCCCUGAAAAUGUCCACUUGGUUCAGAGCUGCUAUUGAGGAACUGGCAAGAAGCACCCAGGGCUAUCCUGGUCAACAAGUCAAACUCAUUUCUUCCUCCAAUCCCCCCUUCCCCUCAGGGCCACAGGGAGAGAAUAAAUAAAAUGUACAUUCUGUGGUGGACAGUGGGUGAAGAGUUAUUUGCAGAGUUUCUCUGGCUCCCACCAGAGAAAAGAAACUAGUUUACACCUUGAUUUCUACAUCUCUGGGCACCCCCAAAUCAAUGCUUAUCUGAAUGACUUGGAAAGGGGGUAAUCUUUUUGCCUUUUAGGUUCCCUUUUUCAAAAAAUCUUGGAAUUGGGUCAGACUGGUCUCUCCCCCCUCCCCCUGUGUUUUCUCCCCUGUAACAAACUCUCCAUCCCAUUAUACUCUGUCUCCAGGAUCGGUUGGCCCAAAGAAAUCUGGUUUCUGGGUUAUGCCCCGUUUCGGCAGCUACUGACUCUCAGGAGAGAGGUGGCUGGUACUUCCCACCCUUUGGUGUUUGGUGCUGGUGUUCUUGGAAGUGGGGGCUCCCCACCAUGUUCAGGGCAGUGCCCUGAGGCAAAUGACUUCUCUGGAUGGGAAGCCGGCCACCCACCCUAGCUUGGAUCUUGGGCCAAGGGCUGAUGGAGGGGGUGACGAGUGCACCUUUCUUGGGAUGGUGGAGCAGCUGUUGGGUUGAGGAUGGGUAUUCAAUCCUGGAGCAGAGGGUGACCGUGAGAACCUGGGAAUGGGCUCCCCCGGCUUCCGCCCCCCCAACCCCCUCUCCCCCGGCUGUGAAAUCUGUCUAAAGUUUAUUUUGAAAACUGUAAAUAUUCCUGGGAGUAGAUAGCAGAGCUAAUUUAUCAUGUAGUCCCUCUCAUAAUGCUUUUUUAUAUUAAGAGGAUUUUCGUAAUAUAAAACAGAACACACAUGCUGAUUGUUCUGCACUGGGUUUUGUGUCCAUUUCUUAAAUAAAAAAAGAAUAAAUGGUGAACGUGCA